GAAUAUAGUUACUAAUACUGUACUAAUUAAACUACUCUGAGAAUACGUCGAAUUGGUUUACUAUUCUCAUAACCGUAAUUUUAUGUAUGCUAUUGGGGUCCCUGGCGCCAUCUACAUUUAAAUCAAUUUCGACUUCUGUAAGAUGGCGCUUGCGGUUAUAGAUGAUAAAUAUUAUGUACUUACUACAUUGCCGACAUAUGAGCCGAUAACAUCGCAGAAAUGGGUUUGGGACCCCCUAAAGCCCUAUCAACGCAUAGAGAAGUUCAUAAUUAGCAAUUGGUUAUAUUGCGACGCGGUGCGUCGCAGCCGCGCCGAAAAAUCUCUUUUCGGCACGGCAGAUUCCCUGCAUGAAAAAUGGCGCGCGAACGGUCGGUGACGAGACAUGCGGCUUUGUUGUCAGAGCCGUCGUGCGUCCCGAGAAUUUCCGGGCCUGGUGAGCUCGCGGCAACGUUCCACGAAGCGGCGAGACCAGCGACGUCGCGAGAGAGAGGUUAGCCAAUCAGGGAGAGAGAGAGCGCGACCCGGGCCGCCAAUCAGAGCGCGGCUUCGCUGCGGCCUGAGGAGUAGGGGAGGUAGCGAGCGCUACUGGCGCACGCCGGACCGGCAGUAUCUCGUGAGCCCUCGUUAAGGAUUGAGCAACGCAGAGGUUCGCGAGCGCGAGAGACAAGUGUGAGGAGAGUGUUGAGAGCGUGGGGAAGUCUUACUGCGUUCCCGAGGUGCAUCACGGCGACCAGGGUGAGCAGUGAGGAAGCGCUGGCGGGAGGACCGCCACGGCCCAGUCACCGGCGAUCGGAGAGAAUAAGGAAGGCGCUGAAGAAGACGGGACGGGAAGGACGCCAACGGAUGAGCCAACGGCCUACCUUCCGCGGGAGAGCACGAGAGAGAUAGAGAAAGAGAGAGAGAGAGAGAGAGAGAGAGAUAUCGGUUGCGGGAAGCCAGCUUGCCGUAAGGCACGCGAGGUUUCCGAGCGUCGCGGAGGAGAGAUUCCACCAGCGGCGACGACCCGUACAUCCGAAAAGAAAGAACGAUCAAGAAAACGCAGAAAUAAAAGGUAUCUCGAUAAAAAAAAAUAAUGAGAGUGAACAAGAUAAAAUUAGGCAGCGUAAUCGACAAAAUGCUAAAGCUUAUCGAGACAGAUGUAAAAUACAGAAAACUUUAUUAUCUGAACAAAAUUCUAAUGAAGAAAGCAGACAAGUACAUUCUUCAACAAUUACACAGACAAAUGUUUCAUCAAAAAAAGAAAGAAAUAAUAAAAUCAAAAAUCAAUCCACUGUACAUAACAAAAGUACUCAACAAUUACAAUUAAGAAAAGAAAGAAAUAAAAGAUAUCAAGAUAAAAUAAAACAAAAAACUUUAGCCAACGUAAUACCAUGUACACCUGCAAUGGAGACACAAAAUCUACAACAUUUAUUAUCUCAACAGAAUUUGAAUAAAAACCAUACCGACUCUACAACAGUUGCAAACACAAAUAAUUUGUCAAGAAGUAAUGAUGCUGCAUGCGGUCAACAAGAAACAAGACAAAUAUUAUCUACAUCUUCAUAUACAGGCCCUUUUAGAUUGUAUUUCGAUUCAGAGUUAUACAAAUUAUUAUAAACAUGCACAAGGACAUCUACAUUUUUAUAAAAUUUAAAAAAAAUACAUUUGGAAUAUCGUGUGCUGUAUGUGACAGGCUGUGGUGGACCAACGAUUUAAAAACAACUUCUGAAAUACACAAUGAUAUUUUGGAAAAGAUCUUGCUGCUUUACCAGACAGGUAAUACGGUAAAGGUGUGCUCUACUUGUAAAUCAGCGUUGGACAAAAAGAAAAUACCAAUAUUGUCAACAUAUAACGGUUUUUCAUACCUGACAAUACCUGCUCAUUUACCUGAUCCAGAUUUCUCACAAGAAAAUUUCAAAAAAUAUAAACAACAUUACAAAAUGCUACGAUCAAAUUUGGAAAAUAUAGACUAUAUAAAUUUUGAAGAUUUCUAUACAAAAAAUAACAUUUCUUCUGAUGAAUAUUAUUACAACGUCAUUCGUGCAGGUAUCAAUCGACCAAAACUUUUUUACCGCCGAAUGCCAUCAGACAAAUGGCAUAAUCCAUUCAACCCAUUCGUUUUUCAUCAUCUGCAAUCUAAUACGGACUUUCAAAUUAUUCAAGAUGAGUACGCUUGUGCUGCUUACGUUGUUGAGUACGUGAACAAACAUAAUAGAGGAAUCAGUACAAUUCAGAUAAUGGACGAAAAUCCAGAAUUCGAUAUUGUAAAAAUUACGAGAAAAAUGAGCGUCGACGUACUCAAUUCCGUUGAGAUGUCGGCACAAGAAGCUGCUUGGAACGACAACGACUAAGAAAAACUCUUAAGGAAUUAGAGGCUAUGAAUGAUGAUUGCACAGAUGUAUUGAAAGAAAAUUGGUUUGACAAAUAUGAAAAAAGGCCCAACGACCUCGAAGACGUCACAUUAGCACAGUUUGUUGCCAAUUAUUAUAUUAAUAACAAAGGGGUGUAUGUUACAAGAAAAAAGCCAAAAGUUAUAAGAUACCGCAACUAUGAUAUUGCUAAAGAAUACCAUGACUAUACAUGUAUAAGAGAAAUGGUAUUGUUGCAUAUUCCAUUCAAAAGUGAAGACAAUGACGUUCUUGCGGAAAAUAAAUUUGUUAAAAUAUAUGAAGACAACGUUGAUCUAAUUAUGAAACGCAGACAAGAGUUUGAAUCUAAUUUAGACAUUGAAAAAACUAUAGAAAUUUGCAAACAGUUACAUAGACAAGAUGAACAAGCAGAAGAUGACGAAUUACACAAUCAGGCUAACAUUUUAUUUGAGCAAGACCCUUAUCAGCGACUAAUUCAUGAUCAGCAUUCAGAUGUAAAUCCUGAUAUUCACGAUGCUGCACUCAGCAAACUUGGCGCUAUUGCAAAAAAAAAACAGAGAACUUCAUGGAUAGACAACAAUUUAUUCAGCACAUGAGAUCUACAAACAAAGAACAAAAGGAUCUAUUACUUCACAUUAUUAAUCAUCUUCAGACACAUAAUGACUCUCCAUUUCAAAUAUUUUUCACUGGUCCUGCAGGUUGCGGAAAAACUUUUGUCACUAAACUUAUUAUGAAAAAUUAUAAUAGAUAUACGGAUAAUGAUGGUUAUUGCAACGCUUAGAUAGCAUGUGCUUCUACCGGGAAAGCUGCUGUAAACAUUGGUGGUACCACGGUGCACACAGCGCUAAAAAUAACACUUGCUAAAUUUUUACCAUUAUCCAAUGAAAAUUUACAAUUAUACAGAACGCUUUUCAAGUAUGUCAGAGUAUUGCUUAUUGAAGAAGUGAGUAUGAUUAGUGCACAACUCUUGUCGAAAAUCGAUUUACGUUUGAAGCAAAUUACCGGAAAUCAUGACACUACAUUUGGCGGAAUUGAUGUUAUAUUAAUUGGAGAUCUGCGGCAAUUACCACCAGUAAAUGCCACACCAAUAUAUAAGCCCAUCCCAACACGUAUGGUUGGACCUUCUCUGUGGCGUUCAUUAAAAUUUUAUGAACUGAAACAAGUUAUAAGGCAGGCUAAUGUUUUAUUUUCUUGCAUACUCACAAAAAUAGGCAACGGUGAGGUCUUACAAGAUUAUGAAUUUCAACUUAUUGAAUCAAGAUUUUUUACAAAAUCUGAAGCGGAGAGAUUGUGCCCAGAUGGAAUCCGUCUCUUUUGGAGAGUUAACGACGUCACUGCUUACAACAAUUAUAUUUUACAACAAGCUCAGAACAAACAUAUCUCUACAGCUACAGAUUUAAUAACUGGCGCUAAAAGUGCUGAACAAGAGGCUACUUGUAGACAAAAGCUGCAGACAAUGUCUCUCAUUGAUACUGGUAGCUUACCAUACAUGAUUACUUUCGUUAUAGGUAAGCCAUAUCUCAUUACAACAAACAUUAAUGUAAAUGAUGGCUUGGUAAAUGGAGCAAUUGGGAAGUUAGUACAUUUACAAUUGCUUGAAGACAACAGUAUUUGUAGAGUUUGGUUGGAAUUCCAAAGCUCACCGAAAAUUGGACAAUGUGCACGAAAGAAAGCUGCUCAGUUAGUUGUACAAGAGAAAAUUUCAAAUGCUGCUGUACUAAUUGAAUUACGAACAGCUAAUAUUCAACUAACAAGAGAUAAAAAGUUACUAACCAACGUACGCACUUUCCUGUCAUUGCGGCUUGUGCUAUGACCAUACACAAGUCACAAGGCGGAACGUUCGAUGAAAUCGUGUAUCAAUAUGAAAAAACACACUUGCAGGAUAUGGUUUAUGUUGCAUUAUCACGGGUAACAACAAUUGAGGGUUUAUUUAUUACGACAGCUGCAGAUGAUCCAACAAAAUUUAAAUUCUACCACAACCGACAGCAAAGUACAUCAGCUUUAUCUUUGAUACAAGAAUUUCAAAGACUGGCGUUAAACACUUUGGAAACAAAGACCACCGUCAUUAACAAUUUGAUAAGUAAUAAAACAGUUGCAUUAUACACCCUUAAUUGCCAAAGUCUACACAGCCACAAAGAUGACUUAUCGUAUUCAAUUGUUCAAAAAUGCAAUGCUUUAUUGCUCACGGAGACGUGGAUGAACAACGAACAUAGAUUAGAUAUACCUAACUUUCUGUGAAUUGUUCAAUUUAAGCGAGAUAAAACUCGGGCUGGUGCUGUUGCUAUAUACCAAAACAAUAAUGAUAUAACAAAUAUAACUACACCAAAUAUCGAAAUAAUUGUUAAUAAUAGUACUGGUUUUUUCAACAACUCAUAAUACUGUUAGAGAUAUACAGGGUGGGCCAUUUUAAUAAAACCAGUCUAAUAACUCCUAAUUUAAGCCAU